CUACUCCCGGGACUCCAACCCGGAACUAGCCUCGGUUCCCUUGGGAAGGCCGCGGCGCCUGGCCAGGAGUGGGAGACUGGGCCGUGAGUGCGGGCCACGGGGGCCAGGCCGCGGACAGAGGGACGCCCUCCUCGUCCCCAGGGACCCCGGGCCAGGUGCGCCCUCGGCAGGAGAUUGCAUGGUCUGAAAAGUGCAGGGGCCCUUGCCCCGGCUGGGCCAUGGCUCCCCCGCGGAACGUGGUGAAGAUCGCCGUCCAGAUGCGUGACGCCAUCCCGCAGCUCAUCCAGCUGGACCAGGCAAAGCCCCUGGCCGCUGUGCUGAAGGAGGUGUGCAACGCGUGGAGCCUGGCUCACUCUGAGCGCUAUGCCCUGCAGUUUGCUGAUGGGCACAGGAGAUAUAUCACUGAGAAUAACCGCGCAGAGAUCAAGAAUGGCAGCAUCCUGUGCCUCAGCACUGCCCCAGACCUUGAGGCUGAGUGGCUGUUGGGUGGGCUGCAGAGUGGGAGUCGUGAAGGGCGCCGAGAAUCCCUGCAACACCUCGUGCUGCUGGUCCCAGACAUAACCUUUGCCCGGGAGGUCAUCAGCCGUGAUGGGCUUCAGAGACUAGGCACCAUCAUUGAAGACGGGGACGACCUAGGGGAGGUGCUGGCCCUCGCACUGAGGGCCUUCUUGGAGCUCAUGGAGCACGGCGUGGUGUCCUGGGAGACACUCAGCAUCCCCUUUGUUAGGAAGGUGGUAAGCUAUGUGAACAUGAACCUGAUGGAUGCAUCUGUGCAGCCCCUGGCCCUCCGGCUGCUGGAGAGUGUGACCUUGAGCAGCCCUGCGCUGGGCCAGCUGGUCAAGAGUGAGGUGCCACUGGAUAGGCUGCUGGUGCACCUAAAGGUGAUGAACCAGCAGCUGCAAACCAAGGCCAUGGCACUGCUGACAGCUCUCCUGCAGGGGGCCAGCCCUCCUGAACGUAAGCACAUGCUUGACUACCUGUGGCAGAGAAACCUUCGCCAGUUCAUCUACAAGAACAUCAUCCACAGUGCAGCGCCACUGGGCGCUGAGAUGGCUCAUCACCUGUAUGUACUGCAGUCCCUCACACUGGGGCUGCUGGAGCCGCGCAUGCGGAUGCCACUGGACCCCUAUAGCCAGGAGCAGCGGGAGCAGCUGCAGGCCCUGCGUCAGGCUGCCUUUGAGCAGGAGGGGGAGUCCCUGGGUGCUGGGCUGAGUGCUGACCGUCGCCGAUCCCUCUGUGCCCGCGAAUUCCGCAAACUGGGCUUCUCCAACAGCAACCCUGGGCAGGACCUGGAGCGUGUGCCCCCCGGCCUGCUGGCCCUGGACAACAUGCUCUACUUCUCCAGACACGCACCCAGUGCCUACAGCAGGUUUGUGUUGGAGAACAGCAGCCGUGAGGACAAGCAUGAGUGCCCCUUUGCCCGGAGCAGCAUCCAGCUGACCGUGCUGCUGUGUGAGCUGCUCCGAGUUGGGGAGCCCUGCUCCGAAACAGCCCAGGACUUUUCACCCAUGUUCUUCGGCCAAGAUGAGAGCUUCCAUGAGCUCUUCUGUGUGAGCAUCCAGCUGCUGAAUAAGACCUGGAAGGAGAUGCGGGCCACACAGGAGGACUUUGACAAGGUCAUGCAAGUGGUGCGGGAGCAGCUGGCCCGCACGCUGGCCCUGAAGCCCAGCUCCCUGGAGCUCUUCCGAACCAAGGUGAAUGCGCUCACCUACGGGGAGGUGCUGCGGUUGCGGCAGACUGAGCGGCUGCAUCAGGAGGGCACGCUGGCCCCUCCCAUACUGGAGCUGCGGGAGAAGCUGAAGCCAGAGCUCAUGGGCCUGAUCCGCCAGCAGCGUUUGCUCCGCCUGUGUGAGGGGACACUCUUCCGCAAGAUCAGCAGCCGGAGGCGCCAGGACAAGCUGUGGUUCUGCUGCCUGUCCCCCAAUCACAAGGUGCUGCAGUAUGGGGACGUGGAGGAGGGUGCCAGCCCACCUGCCCCAGAGACUCUGCCUGAGCAGCUCCCUGUGGCCGACAUCAGGGCGCUACUGACAGGCAAGGACUGCCCCCAUGUCCGGGAGAAGGGCUCCGGGAAGCAGAACAAGGACCUCUAUGAGUUAGCUUUCUCAGUCAGCUACGACCGUGAGGAGGAGGAGGCAUACCUCAACUUCAUUGCCCCCUCCAAAUGGGAGUUCGACCUGUGGACAGAUGGGCUGAGUGCCCUGCUGGGCAGUCCCAUGGGCAGUGAGCAGACACGGCUGGACCUGGAGCAGCUGCUGACCAUGGAAACCAAGCUGCGGUUGUUGGAGCUGGAGAAUGUGCCCAUCCCUGAGCAGCCACCCCCCAUCCCCCCGCCCCCCACCAACUUCAACUUCUGCUAUGACUGCAGCAUCGCUGAACCUUGACAGUGAGGUUGGCCAAGGGCCACGGCUGCUGCCACGCUGGUGGCCACAAAGGGUGGAGAAGGUCAGACAUCCUGAUCAGCAGAGCCUGCAGCAGAAAUAAAGUCUGCUUGGGUUUUCGGUACGUGUUGAGCCAGUUCUG